AUGGUGAGAGUUCUGUCUUUUAAGGACUCUGCCAGACUUGGUAAAGAGGAGAAGCCUAGAUAUCUGGGACCAGUGAAAUUCGAGGGUAUGGUUGUGAUUUUCACUGAGGCAGAGUGGAAGAGACUGAGCCUUGAGCAGAGGAACCUAUUCAAAGAAGUGAUGCUGGAGAAUUUCAGGAAUCUAGUCCUGUUGGCAGAUUCAAAGCCAGAAGUCCGUCCCUGGCCCCUUUGCCCCUGCCCUCUGGCCUUUGACGGUCAGCAAUUUCUCAGCCACCAUGAGCUCUGCAGUCAUCUUAUUCCAUAUUCAUGUGCAGGAAAUCAACUCCAACCAGGGGAUCCUUGCCCAAAUGACCACCAGCAGCGGCAGCAACAACAUUCUGAUAAAAACCACUGGGGUGCCAAAGCAGAAGAUCAAGGAAUGGGAUCUACACCUUUGUUUUGGAGAACAAAUGAGAAGGGGACUUAAGUGGUUUUCUCUAGCCCACCCCAGGGACCACCAGUAAGCUCUCAGGGAGGCAACAAAGUGUUGAAGGUACAGCUCAGUCCAGCCCAGAGGGUAAGCUCUGGGGAAGCAGACAACAUUCCUGAGAGGGUAGAACUCUCAGGAUUUGGAGCAGUCAGGUAGAGGUGUGGACCAGGUUUUAGCCAGAAGUCAAACCUCUUCAGACACAGGCUGUCACGAGCAGAGAUAUCUCCUGUGCAGAAAGUGUGGGUGAAGCUUUAG